CGGCUUUCUUUGUACAAUUUAUAGUAUUCUUUACAACUGCUACCCAUUAACCAGUAAGCAAACCCUUCACCACAAACUGCUCUCUGGCAAUUUUGUCACCCAACAAAUCCUUUCUAUUUACUUCAUUUUAAUAUAGUACAUAUUUUGAAAUCACAGCCAAUUUUAAGGGGUCUGAAAAAUCUAGGUUUGUUUGUCUUGAAAAAUCUUUAUAUAUUUUCCACCCACCUAGGUGGAAAUAUCCAAUUGUUUUGAUUUUGGGUUGAUUUGGUGUUUGAUCUGUAAAAUCAAGAAGGUUAUAUAAGCACAAAAAUAGACUUAAAGAGAAAGAUGUGGGGUAUUUCUAAAUGUUGUGAGAAAAUUUACACGGUUGCAGAAGGGGGAUCUGGUUAUUGUUCCAAGAAGAAGGAUGAUUUAUGUAAUGAGGAAACUGGACAAGCCUUGAGCAUGUCGAGACUAAAAUGUAUUUUGCGUGGCUUGGAUCUUAAAACAUAUAUCUUUCUCUUUGUGUUGAUACCAACUUGUGUCUGGGGUAUAUACGUACAUGGGCAGAAAAUCACUUACUUUCUACGGCCUUUAUGGGAAAAACCACCAAAGCCAUUUAAUGAAAUGCCUCACUAUUAUCAUGAGAAUGUGUCAAUGGAGAAUCUCUGUAAACUUCAUGGAUGGGAAAUUCGUGAGUAUCCGAGGCGUGUCUUUGAUGCAGUGUUGUUCAAUAAUGAGGUUGACAUGCUUACUAUACGGUGGAAGGAGUUGUACCCUUAUAUCACAGAAUUUGUUUUACUUGAAUCGAAUUCAACAUUCACUGGGUUGCCAAAGCCUUCUUACUUUGCUAAUCACAGAGAUCAGUUUGAAUUCGUUGAGUCAAGAUUGACGUAUGGACAAAUUCCUGGGAGAUUUAGAAGAGGAGAGAACCCUUUCGUCGAGGAGGCUUAUCAAAGGCUUGCAUUGGAUUAUCUUCUAAAACAAGCAGGUAUUCAGGAUGAUGACUUGUUGAUAAUGUCAGAUGUCGAUGAGAUACCUAGUAGACAUACAAUCAAUCUCUUGAGGUGGUGUGAUGACAUACCUUCAGUUCUUCAUCUUCGGUUGAAGAAUUAUCUUUACUCCUUUGAGUUUCUUGUGGAUAAUGAUAGCUGGAGAGCUUCUAUCCAUCGCUACCAAUCGGGUAAGACAAGAUAUGCUCAUUACCGACAGUCAGACGUCAUAUUGCCAGACUCAGGGUGGCAUUGUAGCUUUUGCUUCCGCCACGUAAGUGAGUUUAUUUUUAAGAUGAAAGCCUACAGCCAUUUUGACAGGGUCAAAUUUUCGCAUUUUCUCAACCCUAAGAGAGUACAAAAGGUUAUCUGCAAUGGGGAUGAUUUAUUUGAUAUGCUACCAGAAGAGUAUACAUUCAGGGAAAUCAUUGGCAAAAUGGGACCUAUUCCCCACUCUUAUUCAGCUGUUCACCUACCGGCUUAUCUUUUGGAAAAUGCAGAAAAGUAUAAGUUUAUGUUGCCGGGUAAUUGCUUGAGAGAAAGUGAGUGAUCUAGCAGGGUUUAUUAUAUUUACUUUUUGUGAACGUCAAGGGUGCAGUUCUGCAUUGCUCCUUGCGAAUCAAAUGAUGAUCCUGUGAAACAUGCAAGAGUUUCUACAAUCACUGUAGAAACUUUUGGAAUGUUGGGAUGAAUGAUCAGAAUUCAGAUUUGGGAAGUCAAGGAUUUUUGUAUAUAGCUUCUUAGAGAUGGUUUUCUCUGGAUCAAGCAUGUCUAUUGGACAAAUGGGGAGUUUUCUGUUGCAGAACUGCUAUUAGUUUGAAACAUGUGCAUAACUCUGUAUCCUGUAGUAUAUCAAUUCCUGAUUAUGGGAAAUUUUGGAUCAGUACUAAUUUAUUCACAUUUCUUGUGUUCCUUAUUCGUUCUGACCUAGUACUUUCAUAUCACCUAGCGUUUAGACCAGAAAUAUGUCCCUUUUGUUAAUUGAUUUGAUUGAUUAAUUAACUAGCUUUCUAGUA